CUUAAAACAUUUCGCAAAAAAGUCAAACUGACAUUUAUACAAAAAUCGUUAUAAACUAAAAUGCAGACCUGAAAGCGAAUCCCAACCCUAUUCAGUCUCCCUCUGAACAGCCAUGGGAGCGCACGCCCGCUGAACACAAUACAAACCUUAGAAAGUAACAAAAUAAACUAAAUAUCAGUGAAAUGUGUCAGUGAGUGUCUCGAGAUGGGAGUCGACAGCAUACCCCCGCCGACCUUACAGAUAGAAGCGGGCGCCGGCGAGGGCCCCGGGCCCCCUUCGAACAACAACACAGAGGCCGCUGCUUCUCCCCCUAGAGACGACAACCAUAAUGCUGCCCCUACGCCCCGAGCGAGGCCCCUCACUCCGUCAGACGCCCUCAAAAUGUACGGCGACCGGCUCUCAGAGUGGGAGCGGACGGAGGUCCGCAAGUACCCCGAGGUCUGGUUCCUGGGUCUGGAGGCUAGCAAGAUCCAGGCCAAGUCCAGUCUGCCUAACAACUGCGGGUUUGAUGACGAGAACGGGAGCUAUAAUAAGCAAAUCCACGACCACGUGGCGUACCGCUACGAAAUCCUGGAGGUGAUCGGCAAGGGGUCGUUCGGUCAGGUGAUCAGGGCCCUCGACCACCGGACAGGGGGGCAGGUCGCCAUCAAGAUCAUACGCAACAAGAAGAGAUUCCACCACCAGGCCCUAGUGGAAGUGAGGGUGUUGGAUCAUUUGAGGUUGAAAGACAAGGACCAGGCGCACAAUGUCAUACACAUGCUCGACUACUUUUACUUUAGGAACCACUUGUGCAUCAGUUUUGAGUUGAUGAGCAUCAACCUGUACGAGCUGAUAAAGAAGAACAACUACCAAGGCUUCAGCUUGAGCCUGAUCCGACGGUUCGCGAGUUCGUUGCUCAGGUGUUUGAGGCUGCUGGAAGCGGAGAACAUCAUACACUGCGAUCUAAAACCGGAAAACAUCCUCCUAAAAGCGCGAGGCAGCUCGUCCAUCAAAGUGAUAGACUUCGGCAGCUCGUGUUACACGCAUGCGCGCGUGUACACGUACAUACAGUCGCGGUUCUACCGCAGCCCCGAAGUGAUACUAGGGCUGCAAUAUGGGGCGGCUAUUGAUAUGUGGAGCAUGGGCUGCAUCUUAGCGGAGCUGCAUACUGGCUAUCCCCUCUUCCCUGGUGAGAACGAGGCGGAACAGCUGGCCUGCAUCAUGGAACUGCUGGGCCCUCCACCUCCAGACCUACUCAUUCACGCCACCAGGAAACGACUGUUCUUUGACUCAAAAGGCGCGCCGCGCUCGGUGACGAACUCGAAGGGGCGCAAGCGGCGGCCCGGCUCGCGCACGCUGGCGGCCGCCGUGAGGACGGACGACCCGGCCUUCUUACACUUUCUGCAUCGGUGCCUUGAAUGGGACCCAAAGCGCCGCAUUACCCCCAACGAAGCCUCCCGCCACGAGUUCGUGACCGGCUGCCCGCUGGGCUCGACGGCCUCGGGCGCGCUCGCGCUGCCCCGGCUCGCGCCGCCGCGGCCCGCGCGCGCGCUGCUGCACAGCCAGUCCGCGGGCGACGUGGCCGCCAUGCUGGGCCGCGCGUGACCGCACGCCGAGCUCGUCGUCAGCCAGAGUCAUACGCAGCUCGACCAAGGUCUUACCCAGGUGGUGAAUCUAUAGUUAGUCUUGAGACUUAGAU